GCGUCUCCUCCUCCACUUGAGGCAGUAUGGCCGCCGGCCGCUAGUGUGUUCCGUUUACUCAUUCAACACUUGACACAUUUUAACUAUGUCUGCCGUACUCUUUCUGAAAAACUCGCUGAGCCGACUACCGCCGAAUGUAGCUAGGCAGGUCGUCGGCUCCUUUUACCACACGGAGAGAGGGGUUUACGGCUACCGGCCCAAAAAGGCCAACAGGGACCAGAAGUUGCAGACAGACCAGAUCGCUGCGCUCAAUCAAGAUCACGGUCUAGCUCGUCUGGUGGAGGCUUACAGAGCACAUGGACACAAGGCUGCUAAAAUAAACCCCUUACUGCCCCUGAAGCCUGUUGCUGACACUGUCCCGGAGAUCAGCAUGCUGACUGACACCCUGAGAGGACAACUCAACACCUCGGGACUACGACAUUUUGGUAAAGCAGAAGCUUCAGUAGAGGAGGUUCAAGCCUACCUGGAAGAAGCCUACUGUGGACACUUGUCUGUGGAGACCAGUCAGCUGAGCACUCUGGAGGAGCGGGAGUGGUUCGCUGACCGAUUUGAGGAGCACAAGAAGAAGGCUUUCUCUGCCGAGGAGAAGAAGCACUUGGCCAGAGUGAUGCUGGAGUCACAGGAGUUUGACCACUUCCUGGCCACUAAGUUUUCUACUGUGAAACGUUAUGGGGGAGAGGGAGCAGAGAGCAUGAUGGGCUUUUUCUGCGAGCUUUUCCAUCGGGCAGCUCACAGCGGGGUGACAGACGUCAUGAUCGGCAUGCCCCACAGAGGUCGACUCAACCUGCUGACGGGGCUGCUGAAGUUCCCUCCAGAGCUGAUGUUUCGUAAGAUGCGAGGCCUCAGCGAGUUUCCCGACACCUCCCCCGCCAUCGGUGAUGUCCUCUCACACCUCACGUCCUCUGUAGAGCUGGACCUUGGAGCUGAACAUCCUCUACAUGUCACCAUGCUGCCCAACCCGUCUCAUCUAGAGGCCAUCAAUCCUGUAGCUCAGGGCAAAACCAGAGCACGGCAGCAGCUGAAGAAAGAAGGAGACUAUUCACCUGAAGAUGACGCCCAGCCAGGAGACCAGGUCAUCUGUCUGCAGGUUCAUGGCGACGGCUCCUUCCCUGGUCAGGGGAUUGUUACAGAGACGCUGACCAUUUCAAACCUCCCACACUACAGAGUUGGCGGGAGCAUCCACCUCAUCGUGAACAACCAAGUGGGUUACACAACGCCGUCAGAGAGAGGGAGGUCAUCUCUGUACUGCAGUGAUGUUGGUAAAAUGGUGAACUGCGCUAUUGUCCAUGUAAAUGGUGAUGAUGCAGAAGAGGUGCUCCGAGCUGCCCGGCUGGCUGUAGACUAUCAGCGUCACUUCAGGAAAGACAUUAUUGUGGACCUAAUAUGUUACCGGCAGUGGGGCCACAACGAGCUGGACGAGCCCUUCUUCACCAACCCAGCUAUGUACAAGAUAAUCCGCUCUCGUAAGAGUGUUCCUGACUCCUAUUCAGACCAGCUGAUCACUGAUGGUCUGAUGACUGAAGAUGAGCGCAACAGGAUCAAGUCCAAAUACUACAGCACGCUCAAUGAUAAGCUGUCCAACAUGACCCUGUAUAGCCCUCCACCCACAAACCUGCAGGGCCGCUGGGGUGACCUGGUUGAACCCCAGACCAGAGUAACUACCUGGGACACAGGGGUGCCACUUCCGCUGCUGCAGUUUGUUGGAGCAAAGUCUGUGGAUAUCCCUGAGAAUAUCCAGCUGCACAGCCACCUGGGGAAGACCCACACACAGGCUCGAUUGCAGAGGUUGGAAGAGGGAACUAAACUGGACUGGUCCACAGCAGAAGCCUUGGCUUUUGGAUCCCUCCUCUGCCAAGGUUUUAACAUUCGAAUCAGUGGACAGGAUGUUGGAAGAGGCACCUUCAGUCAGCGACAUGCCAUGGUGGUUUGUCAAGAGACUAAUGACAUGUACAUCCCUCUGAACCACAUCAGUCCUCAGCAGACAGCCUUCCUGGAGGUGUGUAACAGCCCGCUGUCAGAGGAGGCAGUACUUGGGUUUGAAUACGGGAUGAGCAUCGCCCAGCCCAAGCUCCUGCCCAUCUGGGAGGCUCAGUUUGGAGAUUUCUUCAAUGGUGCACAGAUCAUCUUUGAUACCUUCAUUUCUGGAGGUGAGGCCAAAUGGUUGCUGCAGUGCGGGAUGGUGAUUCUGCUGCCUCAUGGCUACGAUGGAGCAGGUCCAGAACACUCUUCAUGCCGUAUGGAGCGUUUCCUCCAGAUGUGUGACAGUAAAAUAGAAGGCGUGGAUGGUGAUACUGUGAACAUGUUUGUGGUCAACCCCACCACGUCUGCCCAGUACUUCCACCUGCUGAGGCGGCAGAUGAUCCGAAACUUCCGCAAACCCCUCAUUGUGGUUGGACCCAAGACCCUGCUCCGGUUUUCUGGGGCAGCAUCGAGUCUGACAGAGCUGGCUCCGGGUACGACGUUCAGACCGGUCUUGGGGGAUCCAUUGGUCUCUGCUGAAAGUGUCCAGAGGGUGGUGCUGUGCUCAGGGAAGCAUUACUACGCCCUGCUGAAGCAGAAGGAGACGUCGGCAUCCAACCAGAACACAGCGCUGAUUCGUGUGGAGGAGCUGUGUCCGUUCCCACUAGAGGCUCUGCAGCAAGAGCUCAGAAAAUACCCUAACGCCAAAGAGUUUGUUUGGAGUCAGGAGGAGCCUCAGAACAUGGGACCCUGGUCUUUUGUGGCUCCCAGGUUUGAGAAGCAGCUGGCCUGCAAGCUCCAGCUCGUCAGUCGUCCUCCUCUUCCCGCCCCUGCCGUUGGAAUUGGGACUCUUCAUCAACAGCAACAGGAGGCCAUCCUCACUGCCACAUUCUCCUAACAGAUGACACCAAAAUACACAGAACAUAAGCGUUAACACUGACACACUACAGCUGCUGAGGUGCUUCUGCUUCCUCACUCUGAGCAGAGAUAUGCGGGACCUUUUAGAUGACAUGGAUGUGGUUUUGAAUGACAAUUGCUUUAAGCUUUAAAGACGAUGGCAUUCAUUUUAUUUUUACUGUUCAAGGUCAACAGGUUUUAAUUGUGAAUUUAUUUAGUUUAAAGUCCACCCUGAAUUUGUUAUUUCUAAAUUAUUGUUUCCCCUCUUCAUCAGCUUGUAUUCUGUGUUUGAGGCCAUGAGGUGAGAACAAAUCUGGCUCUGAUUCGAGGACUAAUCCUGCCUUCACAUGCUACGGGAAUUAUGGUAAAUACUAGUUAUGAACUUGAAAAUUGUACAUGAAUGCCCCCUCAUUUCAUAUUUUCCUGGAGAACUGAGAAAAAAUUUAGAUACACAGGCUCCCGACUUUUCAGCAUGGUGGAGAGCAAUGAGGGAUUCAUCAUGAAUGAUAAACAAUGCUUGUAUUAACAUUCUGCUGCUGUUAGCUGAUGAUUUUGCACAUUUAUAGCACACACAAUUUGCAAAAAAAAAAAAAAAAAAAAAGAUGUAGCAUAUGAAUUAAUACGUCCAAAACUUGAACACAAUGCAUGCAUAACUUCAAAUUCACAAGUAGAAAGGCUCAUCUUCCCGAUAGCAUGUGAAUGCAGCAUAAGAGACAAUGUUUACGACGUGGUCAAACACUUUGACCAGAUCAUCCUCUCUUUUAAAGUAUUGCAUCAUGCAUUUAAUCUGCAUGGAUUGUUAAUUUUUCUACUGCAUUCUGGGUGAAAAAUGGAGGUUUCAGUAAUGUCUCUGAGUAUUGUCACUGAAAUAUCUGCACAGUGUGGCUUUAACAUAUCGCAAAUAAUGAUAGUGCCCAGAUUGAACAUUUAAGAAGGACAUGAACGAGUUUCUGAGUUGUUACCGUUGUGGUUGUGAAAUAUUGAACUGGUCUGUUUGGAGAUUUGAUGGUACAAACUAAGGCUUGGAUUUACUUAAUUUAGUUUUGAGUAAGACUCGAACACAGAAUAAUGGAAAUAUAAGGGCUAGUGUAAAUAAACUCAAUCAGAAGACUAAUGAAAGUAUUUUCAAAUAAAUCUAUUUUAAUGUUU